AUGGAACCUCCAAAAUAUGUUUAAAAAGUAGAAGAAAAUUAGGAAGCAAUGAAUAUAGGUAUUGAUCAUCAUAAAAUAAGUGCUAGGCAUUAAAAUCAAAUAACUUGAUUAAGAUGAACUAGCCAAUACUAUUUUAUAUAAAUGUAUAUGAAAAUCCAUUCAAUCAUAUUAGAAUUUUCAUUUGUUUCUAAUCAUCUAAUUAAAGUAAUCACAAGAGAUGAAUAAAGUUAUCGUUUCAAAAUACACUUGGGAUUAUGUAAAAUGAUGGAGUUCAAUGAAUUAGAAUUAGUAUAUUGGCAUUUAUUGAAUCUACAAUUUGACUAUGGCAAAAAAUUAUAACCCAAUUAUUUACAAGAGAUUAAGUAACUUUAUUAAAUUGAAUUAGAAUUUGUGCUUUUCAUUAUUUUAAAGAUUUUCUUAAAAUAUAGGCAGAAUUCAUUCCAGAUAUAGCAUUAUAUAAAAGAGAGUUAUUGUUUUUAACAUUAUCAGCAUUCUACACUAUUAAAUUAAUGAGAAACAUUUAAAAAUUUGAGAAAAUAGGAGAGUUUAUUAAAGAGGAUAAAUUUUGUGAACUAUUUAAAAGAAUAGAGCCAGCCUUUAUAAAUGUAUCUCAAUUAUUGACUCUACAAGUAGUGAACUAAAAAUACAUUGAAUUAACAAAAUAUGAGUUGUAAUUAGAUAAAUAAGAAAUUAAUUACAAUUUUAUUGUUGAAUAAAUUCUUGAAAUGGCACCUGCUUAUUAAAAAGAUGAAGAUUUACCAAUUUCUAAAAAAGUAAAAAGAUAAAAAAAGUUAAUGUCUAAGAAGAUCUAGAUUAAUAAAAAACAAGAGCAAGAAUCUUAAUAAAAAAUAGAAGCCUAAUAAUCAUAACAAUUUUAAACAUCUUAAUAUCAAAAUUAAUAAUUAUCAUAAAAUGAAUAAUAAUAUAUAAAUUAACCUAUGGGUUCUAUUUAAUUUUCAAGAUAAUUCAAUUAAAAUUUAUAAUCCUAAGGGCAUCAACAAAUUUAAUAAGAUAAUUUUUUUUAAAAUGAACGAUGUUCUUUUUAAUUUUAAGAUAGACAAAACUCUUUUGGAAUGCAAUUGAGAUCUAAUAGAUAUUUCAAUAGUCAAGACAGUCUUGGUUAAAUAUAUUCAAAUUAAUUCAAUUCGACCCCACCAAAAGAGACUUAUAAUUAAAGAAAUUAAAUAUCAUCUUUAUGGACAAGUAAGAAUGGAAAAUGA